AUGCACAUGCUCAGAUCAAUCUUCCUCCUGACUUCGAUGCAGCAACAAGGCCCUCCUCUUCUGACCACUGCGCACGUUCCGAUGUCUUCGAGCAUCCCUGCUGCAUCGCAAGGAUUUGUCCAGGCAAGUCCAUCUCAGCUUACAGGAGAGAACGGAUCAUAUCGGUCUCCAGCUACGAGGAUGAUGGCUUCUCCGUCACCCAUGUCCCCCAACAUGUCUCCCUCCCCAACAAAGGCGAUGCAGGUUUCUGAAUCUGAUCCAAGUCAAGCUGGAGUUGGUAUCUACUUCCAGCAAACGCCGGAGGGUUCGAACUGCCACUUGGACAAGAUCUUUGUCAAGUCGAUCAUCCCGGGAAGCUCAGCGGACCGAGAAGGGACAGUAAAGAUCGGAGACUUCCUCGUGAGCGUGAAUGAGCAGCGGGUUCCAGGCUCGGCGAUUCACCUCCUGCGCUCGCUCAUCAUAGGAGAGGUUGGUACGUUUGUCAAGUUGGGGUUCCGGCGAGAGGACGGUGAGGGUCAGGUCGCCUUCUACGAGAUCUCCCUGAUGAGGGCCAACCAGGAGUUCUUCAACCAGCUGCAGGCGAAAGCACAAAUCCAGAAAGAUGCAGAGCAGCUAAGAUCCUCGCUUGUGCAAGCGGAGCAAGAGCUGUCCGGGCUACGCCAGAAGCUUCAGGCCACUGAGAGUCUGCGGAUGAGGUCGUUGGUGGCGAGUGCAGAAGAGCAACUCAGAAUCCUCACGAACUCUCUGUCAGAGGAGGAGGAGGAGAGGAAGCAGUUGGAGAUCAAGUUGAGGAGGGAACAAGUGCAGCAGCAGCAGGACGAAGAAGAAGCCAAGAGAUUGGAGAUGCUCCUGAGCCAGGCGCAAGACAAGCUGAGGUCGGCAGAAGAGUCGCUCCAGGUGAGGACGACAGCAUAUACCCCCAUGUACCUCGAUGGUGUAGAAGUCGCUUCUUCAGCUCAUGGCGACCUUGACAUGGAGGAGGAGAGGUCGAAUUGGCUGAUGUUGAUCCCAGAGGACACAAGGUCUUCUCAACCCUCUCCUUCUCAGAGACUUGAGGAUCACCAGAAGUCGAAGGAGGAGGAGGAGCUCAGCAUCAGAAGCCUCGAGAUGCGGAGACAGCAGCUGGAGGAAGAGCUGAAGCAGGAGGAGGCUGAAAACGAGCAGCUGAUGCAAUCUGUCGCUGAGGCGGAGCAGUCAUACCAAGACAGCGAGCAAGUCCUGCAUGAGCUGCGAGACAAGAACACUGAGCUCCAGAGGCAGCUGAGCGAGUUGGAGGGGGAAAGCGAGGGCCGGCAACAACAUCUCGAGACUCUCAAGGAGGUGCCGCAGGCCCAGCUGGGCGGCAGCACAGCUGAUGCUGGAUGGCAGAGGAUCAGAGCAGAGCAGAAGGCCUGGGAGGAGAAGCUCCACAAGGAGCAGAAGGCCCACGAGGCCGACGAGUUGCAGUACAAGGCUAGGGAGCAGGAGCUGCUGCUACAGAUGGAGCGGAUCGGAAAGGAGGCUGACGUGCUGAAGCAAGAGGCCGUCCAGAGGGAGAGGUCGAGCAGUGGCUCCGAUGUUUCUGAUAUUAAGUUGAAAUGGGGCAGGCAACUUGAAGACACACUCGCGCAUCUGGAGUCUGAGAAUGCCAGAGUGCAACCUGCCAGCCUGCCUGUCUGCCUGUUCGUGCUGACAAUCUUGAAACUCCAGAAACUUCUUGAGACAGAAGACGAGCUGGCUCAGGCGCUGAAAGAGAGGAUGCAAGUGAUAGGAGAUCAGCUCUCGAAAGUAGAAGCCGAGCUUUCCCUGGCGCGGGGGGCAAGAGAAGAUGUCACAGCCUUGCCCACGUCUAGCAAACUCAGUCCUCCAUGCAGAGAGAAGAAGCGAGAGAGCGAGAGAGUGGAGCAGCUCAAGGUAGCUCGGAGAGAGCUGGAAGCACAACGGAAGGCUAAGGAGAAUCAGCUGAGAGAGGAGGAGGAGCUCUACAAGUACCGAGUUCUUCCUAUCGCCCUCCAUGCACUCAUGCUUUGUCAGACUUACCGAGCAGAAGCUUGA